AUGAUAUUUUUCAUCCUCCUAUUUGCCGUAUCCGAGGUUCUGUUCUUACCUCCGGCAUGGCCACUUAUGAGCACAUCUCGGAAAAUAAAGGCAAUUAUUGCCUUGACAUUACCAUAUGGCUUCCUCUAUCUAGCAGCUUCUCGUGAUCCAGGCUAUAUCACACCUUCGAAUCACGUCAGUCAAAUGAGUAUUUAUCCUUACGACUACACCAUUUUUCAUCCCGGUAACCCUUGUCGAACAUGUCAUCUACUGAAACCUGCCCGAUCCAAGCAUUGUCAUGUUUGCAAACGCUGCAUCGCAAAAUGUGAUCACCAUUGCGUGUUCAUCAAUAACUGCGUUGGUUACAACAAUCACCAUUGGUUUCUACUUUUACUUCUGGCCACUGGUAAUCUCACCAGUUAUGCUGUGUACGUUGGUAAUUCAAUCCUCUCCACUUUCAUUACUGCAGAAUACCCCGAAUGGUCUGCUGCAGGAUUCGGUUUCACAUGGUCUCGUUACUUCUCAAUCUGGGGAUGGGCUCUCCAAGAACACACUCAGAUUGGUUCUAUAACUCUCUUGUGUUUCCUCUUUACCCCAUUGGUCUACGGUCUUUUCUCAUAUCAUAUCUACCUAAUCUGGUGCGGUACCACCACCAACGAAAGUAUGAAAUGGUCCGACUGGGGUAUAGAGAUGUCCGAAGGUUACGUCUUCAAACGCUCUCUCUCCGAGAAUCGAGAGAAAAACUUACGAAUAGAACCAGCUUGGACACAUUGGCCAGCGGAAAGUCAACAGAUAGUUUUGCGUACAGCAGAUGGACAGGAUCCUGUUGGGGCUAUUGGAGAUGGAGAAUGGGAACGGGUGUGGAGCCUGAAAGAUGUUGAAAACUUAUAUGACAUUGGAUUUGUAGAUAAUCUGAAAGAUGUUUUGGUAGGGAGACAGGGUGUGUAUCAUAGAUUGGAUAGAGAUGAAAGUGUGCCACUGGAAGGAACGAGAGUAGCACUUUCGGAAGAGACGGAUAUAUAG